UUUUUUUCGACCUUGUCCUGUCCUUGAAUCUGCCUUCCAUUGCGAGGAGUUACUUUGAUUUGCAGCCAAUCUUGUUCCUUUACAAUAAAACGUAAUGGCUGGUCCUAGAAGAGGUGGAAAUUUCAGAGGCGGCGGCUCGAGAGGCGGUGGGAGAGGCAGUUUCAGAGGCGGUGGAAGAGGCAGAGGCGGCAGCAGAGGGAGCAGCAGAGGUCGGGGCGGAGGAGGCAGAGGUCGAGGUCGUGGUGGCCAGUUCAGCCAAUGGGGCCCAGACAGGAGAUUUGAUGGUGCUCGUCUGGCUGAAAAUGGCGAAGAUGAAGAGUAAGAAUCUUGGACCUGUUGUUUUGACUAUUGGCCUGUAUUCAUUUGUAG